CCAGCGAGCCCUUUCGUCGCUCAUUCGCUCUCCAGCCGUCCCGAUCGCGCCGUCUCGACGCCCGAUUAAAGUGACGUCCCACCUGUCAUCUUUCAAAAUCCCUUCAUCGCGUUCCCUGUCAGGCUACAGAGGAUCGAAGGACGGUCGAUGACUACCUGUUGGAAGGGAAAACUGGCCACGGGAGAGCCGCCGGAGCUGGUGCUGUUUUUAUUAGCGUGGAGUUAGUGAUGCCUCGAGCUUUCCUGUUCACCCAUAGGAAGUACCAUAACCGUUACCAGGCGGUGGAGGAGGAGGAGGAUCGUAAAGGUUCGAGCCCGGAACGCGACGUCAGCCUACCGGAGCCAAUGAGCGGCCUACAAUCGUCCGAGAACAGUUCAGAAUGCCCGGAGGAACUGUACAAUCUAACCAAAUUGGCCGAGGUGGCCGUGGCCACCGGACAAAUUCGCCUCAAUUCGACCAAUUCCGGUCGAUCCGACGACGACGACCCGCCCUCGUUCAAUUACACCCACAAAUUGUUCGACAAAUCCUCCAGGAUUCCCCGACCGCAUUUAACAAAGACUGAAGAAGAUUCCGUCGAGCCUUCGCAGAUCUUCGAUCUCUCCUCCAAAGCGCAGCUGCAGCAGCAGCAGCAGCUUCAACAGCAACAACAGCAGCAGCAGCGCCAUUUGGGCGAUGCCCAAUCGGAGCACCAGCACGAGCACGAGUGCUCCGAGUGCGGCAAGCGCUACAGCACGUCGAGCAACCUGGCCAGGCAUCGGCAGACCCAUCGAUCGCCCGCCGACAAAAAGGCCCGCCGGUGUCCGCACUGCGACAAGAUCUACGUCAGCAUGCCGGCCUACUCGAUGCACGUGCGCACCCACAACCAGGGCUGCAAGUGCCAGUACUGCGGCAAGUGCUUCUCCAGACCUUGGUUGCUCCAAGGCCACAUCAGGACCCACACAGGCGAGAAACCGUUCAAAUGUACCAUAUGCAACAAAGCGUUCGCCGACAAAUCGAACCUGCGCGCCCACGUGCAGACCCAUUCGAAUACGAAGCCGCACGUGUGCGGCCGUUGCGGCAAAGCCUUCGCCUUGAAGUCCUAUCUCUACAAGCACGAGGAGUCGUCGUGCAUGCGCUCGAACCGGCAGGGCUCGCGCGAAACGACGCCCGACAAGGGCGUCGCCUCGCCGACGCCCGUCAUCGUGUCGUUGGCGCCCAGGCCGCAGGACUCCGUCAUCAGGACGCCCAUGAUCUACAGGUCGACGGUGAUAUCUCCGAAUCCCGAGCGGAUUUUGUACUCUACCAUCAAGCACCCGUCCGUUAUAUUGAACGCCAGCAGGUUGGCAGAAAGUAUGGGCUUGCAGGAGCAGCCUAUGGACUUUUCCGCUUCGUCCGGUAAGGGGAAAUCGUACAGGGGUAGCGAGAGAAGUUAUCUCGGUAUGGCCAUAGCGGUUUGAGAGUUGGAAUUCCACGGAUUUAUUUUAUUUUAUUUUUU